CAGAGGCACCAGUGAGGCAGCGCACCACACAGGAGUGGUAGUAUCGUUAGUCUCUUCCCCUGAGGAACACCACCCAGCAUGUUCACCUUCCUGACGCUGCUCGUAGCCUGCUGUGCAGCGCGUGGCGUCUUUUCUGCCGCCUCACCGCUGCUCUUCAUGCUUGACUACAAAGACUCAGAACUUCUUAGCGACACUCCACCUGCAGACACUUUCAGCCUGCCCCUACGACGAGGAGAAGUUCCUCGUGGCAUCUCCUUCUCUUUCACCGACACUGUCCCUGAGCAGCCAGCACGGGGGUUGGUUUCUGCCGCUACUGGAAAGACACUGGAGCGUUCUGAGUCUAUCAUGUUUCCCGGGGAUGUGUCUGGUGGCAGCGGAAGUGGAGAUCCUGAACGGAUUACUGCCUCGGGCGACGCGGCUGCAGAGUUAGUCCUUCCCAACCUUAACCGAGCCAGCAAACCCAUCGAGGCCACCGGCGACUGUGUUUUGAAUGAAACCCUGAAGAUUUCCUUCAACGGAUCUACAUGGAAACUUUUUCACCGAGACCAGUGCGCUGAGGGAGAGUGGGUACUGAUGGUGGCGGAGUGCCAACCAGGGUGUCAACCGCGGCCCUGCCCCACUGGACAGCUCUUGUACCAAGAACAGUGUGUCAACCCAUCAGACCCCACAGUAUGCGGCGAGGGACAGAUCCUCUAUCUCGACCAGCGUGGCAACACUUACUGUGAUUGCGAGAAGGACCACUUCUACUACCCGUGGAGUAGCCAGUGCUACGCGCGCCGCGAAAGGGGCCGCUGUGACUUCGGUUUCUUCAUUGACCUCGAUGAAAAUGGCAAAGUGGACUGUGUGCCUAACCCGUGCCAGGUGGACGGCUUCGAGAUGGACCCAGAUUCCGGCAGGUGUUUCCGUAAAGACUUCGAUGGCUACUGUCCCACCGAAAGCCUGCAGUUCAACUACAACAACCUGACCGUCGGAUGUGAGCUCAUUGAUAUCCGAAACUUGUUUGACUCUCCCAUCACGAAAUCUUGCCCCACUGGCUCACGCGUCGGCUACCUCGGAGACUGCCGCGAGGAAGUGGUGAUUCCCUCCAUCACCUCCCGGCCCAGGAGCCUCAGUGGCGGCUGCAGGUCCGGCUCCAUCCUAUCGGAAAAUGGAUCUUGCCGCCGCCUCAACACCUACGUAGGGUAGUUCUCUUUCUCUCCAGCGGCCGGAAUCCGCCUCACCUGGCACAGACCACCACACCCACAACAGGCCGCACCUGACGAGGGCACAGUAAUGACGGCGGAAGUGUUCAUUCCCCGAAUCCCUUCAGCGCAUGUAAAUAUUGUGGUGUACAUGAUUAAGUGUUGCUUCGUGCCUCAAGCUUACACACACAUACACACACACACACUCCAUUAGCGCCUCCAAACAGAAUUUACCAAAGAUUACCAUACCUAGAGGCACCCAGACUGUGAUACUAAGAUAAGUUUUAAUGAGGAAUGUGUAAUUAUUGUUUUGUUGCAAUACACAGUGAAGUGAA